AUGGGCUCGGAUGAAGGCUCCACGCAAUGGGAGAGCGAAACGAUGCAAACCUACCCUCUGGAGCCAUGCGACUUGGAGGCAGGGGCGAGCGUUCACUGGACAGAGCAGCUCAGACACAAGAUCUUGCUGCUGCGCCUCCAACGGCCUUACUUCAUCUACUGCCUCCUUUGCUCACUGCUGGCGGCGGCCGCUUUCCUCUCCACGCUCGUGGAUGUCUGGAAAUCAGGCGACACGAAGGGCUGGCAUGAUAUCCUCGAGGGCGGGACCUGGCAAAGUGCCUGCUGGAGUCUGGUUACAUUCGCGCUCUUUGCAGAAGUCGUAUCCAACAUAUUCGUUAGGGGCUUGUCCUUCACGCGUGACUGGUGGUGCCUCUUUGACGCUGUCCUGCUCACACUAACGGUGCUGGCAUGGGCGGUGAUGCACCUCAGAAGAGCAUCGGUGAUGCGAGAAGAGGCCGAGGAAGCAGAUUUGUGGCUUCUUUUCCUUCGCUUCCUUUUGCAGCCCUGUCGUGUCUUCGCAGCUGCGGCGGCAGUCCACAAGGUACAGCAGAUGCAACGCGGCUGUGUCGACAUCCGCUUCGACGGCCUCAAGCCCUCUCGGGACCCGCCCGAUCGGGACCGGGAUGUGCGCAACGACCUCUGCCACCCGGCAAACCCAUCUCCGCGCGAUGUGGAGCUGCAGAGCAAGAUGGUGUGA